CGGACAGCUGCUCAGGGAGGGUGUGUAGGAGUCUCCCGCUGUGGGGACAUCCCAAACCCACCCGGAGCGUGCCUGUGUCACCCGCUCCAGGUGGCGACAGGGGUUCAGUCUGGAGGCCCUCCAGACGUCCCUUCCAACCCCAGCCCUGGGGUUGCUGGGAUUCCGGGAUUCUGGGACACGGACAGGGACAGGGAGAGCGGCAGAGCUGUCCCUGCCGCCGUCCCUGCAGCCCCCGCGGGUCUCUUCCCGCAGCCCCUCCUCGGCACGGGAGCAGCUUGUCCCGCCGUGCCCUCCAGCCUCGCCGCUCCUGAUUUUUUGCCCUCCCUGGGCUUUGGAGGGGUGUCCCGUGCGGGGCAGCUCCGUCCCGGGGCGCCUGGCGUGGGACAGGGUGGCACGCACAGGUCUGCGGGCUGGGGACAGCCCUGGGACCAGCGGGAGGGAUGGAAGCACGUCCAGCAGGGUCUCUGCUGCUCUGUGCCAAGCGAGGGACAGGCGACGUGUCCCCUCAGAGCCUGUCCCCAAGCGUGGCAGGAGCCUCCCAGGGGGACAGCAGGGCUGGGGCCGGGUGUCCACAGUGCUGAAUGCUCGAGGCCGAUUUGGAACUCUCAGUCACAGGGAUCAGAACAUCCCCUGGCCUCGGCUCGGCCACCGGGGGUCACUUUCCCCUGGUGACUCUCAGUUCUCAAGUAAAUGUUUAAAUUCGGUUUUUGCUGGUUCAGUGGAACUCAGAGUGCUCCACCAGAAAGCAAACAUAUGGGUCCUGAGCUGCUCUGAAAAAAGAAAACACCACCAGAGGAGAAUGACUCCCACCUAGCAACAAAACUGGAAUUGCAUAGCUGAGAUCCAAAACUGAAAUAAUUUAGAUUUGUUUACUCAGUAUUCCUCUCCAGCCUGCCUAACUAUUGUUGCAGAAAUUAACUCCUCCGAGCAGCGGCAGCGCAUGCUGGAGUGCGGUGGAAGGAAAAACGCCCACAGGAUGCCUCCCCCAAAGGGAUCCUGGAAAGAGCUGCCUCCCCUUUGCAGGGAAGUCCAGGCUGUGCAGGGGUGCCCAGGGCUGAGAUUCCCGGGCAGGAUUCCAGCUGGCAUGUCCCACGCGUGUUUCGGGCUGGGAGCCCGUGGUGGCGCGGUGCCCUUUAACCCCCCGCAGGUGCGGUGUAACCUGAGCUUAGCCCCGCUCGGAGCACCUGCGCUCGGCUCUGAGCUCAGCAUAAAGCGCUCUCGGGAGCUCCCAGCCGGCUCCUGCUUCUCUCGUGUUGGAAAACACUCCUGUGCCCUGCAUGGUACAACAUUCCUGUCCUACGCUUUCCAAUAAGUGCCGACCCAAAAAGUGGCCGGGAUGAGCCUUUGUUGUACCCAAAGUCUGGCCCUUGGGGCACUUGGAUCUCUCCUGGGCCACCAGGCUGACCAGCAAUCGCCCACCCCUCAGGAGGUGCAGAGACAUCCAAAGUGGCCCCCAAAAUCUUUCUGGAUGACUCAUUAGUGACAUCACCCCAUGAUGAGAUGCUCUGCCCAGGGGGAGGAGCCAAGCAGUCCCACCUGCAUAUAAGCUGGGACUUGGAGCACCACGAGCACUUUGCCUGCGGAGUUCCCAGAGAAGAAGAGGUCCAGAAGCACCAGGGGAUCUUCAGAGGAAGACCAGGCCCUUCUGCAGGAUCAGUGCUGCGACAGAACCACGUCCAUCCCUCUCAGAGAGCCGCAGCCACCGUUUCAUCAGACUGCCGGGGUGCCAGUCUGGGCUGCUCCAUCUGCGUCCUCCUCAACAAUCACACCCAGCAGCCCCUGGGGGAAAGAGCAGAGAGUGGUUUCUUCCUGACUUUCACACUUGACACAGCAGUUUUUGAAAAUCUUCAGUUCCCUCUGGGUGUCAAAGAUGGCAUCAUCAUCUUCUUGUUCGUUCUGCUUUGUCUUCUCUCUAUGGCCUGCACCCGCUAUGCCCUCUGCACCCCCUACGCCCUCUGCACCAUGCUUAGAGACAGAGAGGUGCUCCGUGUGGUACAGCGGCGUCGAGAGGAGGAGGAGGAGAGGAGCACAGUGUCAGCAGGCACCAUGUCUGCACAGUCUGCCGUGGAGAGAGGAACCAUGUCUGCACAGUCUGCCUCGGAGAGAGGAACCACGUCUGCACAGCCUGCCUCGGAGAGAGGAACCAAGAGCACAGCCUGCUGUGGAGAGAGGAACCAUGUCUGCACAGGCUGCCGUGGAGAGAGGAACCACGUCUGCACAGCCUGCCGUGGAGAGAGGAACCACGUCUGCACAGCCUGCUGUGGAGAGAGGAACCAUGUCUGCACAGCCUGCCGUGGAGAGAGGAACCACGUCUGCACAGCCUGCUGUGGAGAGAGGAACCACGUCUGCACAGCCUGCCUCGGAGAGAGGAACCACGUCUGCACAGCCUGCUGUGGAGAGAGGAACCACAUCUGCACAGCCUGCUGUGGAGAGAGGAACCACGUCUGCACAGUCUGCCUCGGAGAGAGGAACCACGUCUGCACAGUCUGCCUCGGAGAGAGGAACCACGUCUGCACAGCCUGCUGUGGAGAGAGGAACCACGUCUGCACAGCCUGCUGUGGAGAGAGGAACCACGUCUGCACAGCCUGCCGUGGAGAGAGGAAUGACGUCUGCACAGCCUGCCAUGGAGAGAGGAACCACGUCUGCACAGCCUGCUGUGGAGAGAGGAACCACGUCUGCACAGCAACAGGUACCACGUCUGCACAGCCUGCCACGGAGAGAGGAACCCAAAGGGCAGUCGGCGCUUCCACACAGACCGCCACCAAGCUACGGCAGCCCAAGCUAGCAGCAGCUGCCCGCAUUCAGAAGAAGAAGAAAUCCAAGAGCAAAUCCAUCCACACAGUGACUGAAGAGGAGGUGGCUGGACCCUCACACCCAGCAGAAGAGCCAGAGGUCAUCACUGUCUCUCUGUCCCUGGGUGAGCUGCCAGACCUGCGGAGGGAGCUCACCCCCCAGACCAAUGAGUCCAUCCUGGCCCAGCUGCUCUGCACCUGGGACACCACAGCCAGGGACACCACUCUGGACAGGCAGCUGGGAUCCUUGUCCUGGCAUGUGGUCAAUGCCCAGGGGAGCAGGAGAACCCAGGGAACUCUCAGCCUCCGGUGGUGACUGCUGGUGAGUGUAAGGGAUGGACACCUUCGUAAGGUAUCGAUAGGGAUGGACGCCUCUGUGGGGUAUGGAUAGGGAUGGACACCUCUGUGAGGGGUGGAUGGACACCUCUGUAAAGAAGAUUUCCAGGUGCUCCAGGGGAAGUGGAGCACAAGGGAACAAGGAGAUCAUUUUUCCCUAAGAGCCCCAAGGGUGUACAGUGCACGUUGUAGAUAUAGUUGAGAUUUGCACACCUUGGAGCAGAGAGAGCCUCCUGCUGCCUGGAGGUGCUGCAGUGGAGGGAAGGAGAGGACAAGGUGGGAGCACUGGUCAGCAAGCUGAGAAUUUACUGUCACUUAAUAACAAGGACACUGUCACUGCCCCAUUGUGCACCCAUGGAAACAAAGCUGGCUGUGCACGUCUGGAGCUUGGAAGAGAAAACUGAAGAGGGCCACCAGAACCUGAGGAAGGAGCUUCAGGAAGGGAUUUACCACAUCUCACCAGAACCAACAAGUCUCUGCACUAGAAGCAGAUGUCCCCCAGCCAGGCAGAGCAGAGAGGAGACACUCCACAAGGUAACCUCUGGUUUGUCUUUCAGGAACAUGGGAUGGAGAACCCCCCUCCUCCGUAGCAGCCUGGGUACCUGAACUGAGAAAAGGAACAUCUACCACAAGAAGCUCAUCUGUUGUCAGCGCUGCUCUGGUGUCUCGUGGACAGAACUCCUGUUGGUGUAGGAGUGAUAACAUGACUGGUUCUCUUGAAGAAGCAGUUCUUGUUCUCACGAACACAUUCACAGGAGGAGCCCAGCAUCUGCCUUGGCCAGGAGCAGAGGAGCCCUGCCUCUAGCCGGUGGAGGAGAGGGACAGUCAGAUCUGUUGGACUGUGUGGAUCCCAUGGCCUGGCACGUCUGACCCACAAAGGGCCAGCUUUGGUGGGCGCUGGCACUCAGUGUGCCCUGAUGCCACCAAGGUAUGUGGGACUGGAAUCCAUUUCCAUUCCUGGGGUCACAGGAAGAUCCCAGCAGCUGAAGUGAAUUUAUCUGGGAGCGACUGGCACACACACCCCAGGGUGGCUGGCCCUGCAUCCUCAGCACAGACCAUCUCAGAAAUGGGUAUUUCAGACCCAAAAGGACAUCCUUGGGCUUUGGGAUUGCUGCUGUGGAGACAGAAGACAGAGAACGGAGUGCCCUGCCUGGUGUCUCAGAUGAGCCCUUUGCUCUGGGCCUGCUGAGAGCUGAAGAGCAGCAGGAACCAAUCCCCACAGCACCACUGCACCAGCAACAAUUCUUCAUUGAAACAUAAAUGAGCUGUGGAACAUCUCAACAAGGCCUAAGUGCUUUUUUUUCCUUUCCCCCCCUUUAAUUAGAACAAAAUAAAACCCUAAAUGUGACC